UCACUGUGGUGCUCUGUAAAAGCUGCAGAAAAGCAUGUCUCACUUGAGAUAUAAGCUCUGUGACUAGAGAGAGAGAGAUAGAGAAAGCACAUGCAAAGACAAAAAGGCAACAAAGAAAAGGGAGACGAGAACAUGCUGAACUGAAGAGACACCACACAGGGAUUUUCUCAGUCUUACACAUCUGCACAGGUCGGCCUGCGGGGACAUGGACAUAUUCCUGGACUUAACUGUGACCGGUAACACCAGCCACGAGACAGGACGAGAAAAGCUCGAGGGAAGUAAACUGCAUGGACUCAACCACAGCAACCCCCUGGACGUGUUCGUAGGCCUGGAGCUCCUUCUACGUUUCAAGCCUCUCUUCUUGCCUCUCUACUGUCUUGUUGUGGCCGUGGCUGGUGUAGGAAACACCGUGCUGUUGGCUUGCAUCCUGGCCGACAAGAAGCUCCACAACGCUACCAACUUUUUCAUCGGUAACUUGGCGGCAGGAGACCUGCUGAUGUGUUUGAGUUGUGUUCCACUGACUGUGUCUUAUGCCUUCGACAGCCACGGCUGGGCCUUUGGGAGACCUCUGUGCCACCUGGUCCCAUUGGUGCAAUGUGCCACAGUGUUUGCGUCAGUGCUUUCUCUCACUGCCAUCGCCGUUGACCGCUAUGUUGUUGUAGCUCAUCCUGUGAGGAAGAGGAUUUCUGCAUGGGGUUGUGGUGCAGUGACUCUGGGUGUAUGGCUUUUGUCUCUGGCUCUGGCUGCGCCGCCAUCUCUCUACACUCGCUACCUGGACCUUCGACCGAGCGGUAUUGACUUGGUUGUGUGUGAGGAAUUCUGGCCAGAUAGUGGCAAUCUGCGGCUGCUCUAUUCCUGCUUCAUUCUCGUCGCCUCUUAUAUGAUUCCUCUGUUGUCAGUCAGUGUCUCCUACUGUGCCAUAUCUGUCAGCCUUAAACACUAUUCAAUACCAGGGGAGUUAUCCAGCAGCCAGCAGCGCUGGAACCAAAAGAGGAGGAAGACCUUCUCUCUGCUGGUCGCUUCAGUGCUGGCCUUUGCACUGUGUUGGCUGCCCCUGCAGGUCCUGAACUUGCUGCUGGACCUGGACCAAGAGUUCCACAUCAUUGGGAAACGCUACAUAAACGUCCUACAGGUCUGCUGCCAUUUGGUAGCGAUGAGCUCUGCGUGUUACAACCCCUUCAUCUAUGCCUCACUGCACAGCAAGGUGCGCAUGCACCUGAGUGGCUACCUGUGUCCUUGCCGCAAACGACAGAGUGACAUGGUGGAGAGAGCGUCAUCCAGGAGUUAACUGCUUCUUCUUUAGCAGCCUCAUACGGAGCCUCAUCUUUGCUCAAACACCAACAUCUGAUGCAAACCAGCUUCUGGUUACACAUUCGAGUCACUUUGCUCUUUCAGUCUUUGUUUUGUAUUUUGUGACUUUAAAACAUUUAGUCAUCUCUUGUACAGGUUCACCACUUGUAAAUUCUAAGUGAGGUCACUUAUUACAAAGAUGCAGAUGCACACCGGAGUGUAGUUAAUUAUUGUGAUGUAAAGAUUAACACAGUUGGAUUCCUACGUUUUGUUGGAAGGCCGAGCUGCUGGUGUCGACAUUAAGCAGAUCCUGUUAGCUCAAAAAGUUCCAACAGGAUAAACAGAUGACAGGAGCUGUGUAACAAACAUAUGCUGGGGGUGGUUACACUGAUUACAGGGUGACAUGUUUCACCUGAACAGUAUUUGACUUCAGGGAAGUGACUUAACAAUGAACUCUUCUCAGCUGGCAAAAGAAGAUGGAUGAAUAUUUUGUGUCGGCUAAAAAUCUUAUUCUUGUAUCUUAUUCUAUAUCAAUUAUGUCUCUAUUGUAUUACAUGUCAGACAUAUUGUAUUAGAUAAGUUGUAUAAAAUACGCAUUGCCUUUUGUUUUAGCGUCAUUGCGUGGUAUUAUUCACUAUUACUUUGUUGCGCGUUCUAAACUUGUGUGUCGCACGUGCUCUCUGUAAAACUGUGCCAAUGUGCCAAACUCAUAUUGAUGUCACCUGAUGGACUAAGUCUUGUUGUUUUUUUUUAUUCUGUCUAGAAAACAAGACGGACACAAUGAUCAACUUAAUAUUGCGAGCACGAAGAAUAGGCCCCGAAGCAUCACUGACACCAAUCCUGUUAAGUUCCUACUGGGUACAAUACAAGUACAAAAGCUGGUAUAAAGUCUAUUUUCUUCUUUGUUGAAAGGCUCAUCACUAAACGUAUUCAUGUAAUCUGAAUUACAUUUAAGCCACAUUAAUUCUGUUCAAGCUACAGUUUUCUUUAUAAUUAUUAUCAAUGAUUAAGGCUGAAAUAAUAAUUAUUUUUUUAAUUGAUUGAUGCACGAUGCAUUACAAAUAUUGCUCUGCAUGGAAAAUUGUCCAUCAGCUAACACGACUUGCUCAUUUGUUCAAUCAGCUAACUAAGUUUGCAGAUUAUAAAAUACGCAGUGUCUUUGGUCAGCCUACUGGAAGCGCUAAAAUGCCCCAUGAAGGUUUAGUGCAAGGUAAUGAAACCAGAUGCCAACUGUUAACUUUUAGCAAUUAGGUUAUUUUGCUCCCGGCGUUGUAUUGGCUUUUCUCUCUAAGUGAACGUUAAAACUGCAAGGUUCACCUCGACUCAAUGUGAUUUUUUUUGCUCUCAUGCUGAAAGGGUCUCCAAGAUUUAUAAUUUUGUCCUUUAGAUGAGAGGUCAGCUGUUUUUAGAUGAAUUGCACCUUCCUCCGGUGCCCAGUGCCAGGCACUGUGUCAUUUAAGUGUUAAAGCCUUUGCAAAUAGGUUUGAACUUUUAGGAAAAGAGCAGAGAAAAAAGUGGAACAGAAAUACAGACAUCUGUCAAGCAAAAUACCUAAAAUUCACCUUGAGUAGCUCUCCUUGGGAAUAAAAACCUUUUUUCAUUGUAAAGCAAUUCAACCAGGAGAGAAAUGCAAAAGAAAGAAAUUACUACAAUAUUAUAUUACAUUACAAUAUUAAUGUGAUGAUGAAGUCUUAACAGCGCGUUUGGUGCAUUUGAAAUAGGGAAAUACUGAGAUCUAAGGCAUCUGGUCCUGAGCAGCUGCCCAGUUAAUCCUCCACGGAGUCCAGACACUGAUAGUGAUGGUGGCUGAGACUGAUGAAGGAUGAAAAAUGAUUUAUUUGGUGAAACUUCAAAGACAGCGAUGGGCAGACAGAGGGUGCCAAUUACAACAGCAUGAAGAGUGGCACUCAACUGACAGCCUAAAGAAAAUGAGAGUGUGCGUGCAUGAAUAGUUUAUCCACAUGAACGUACGCCAGAGCUUUGUACCUGUACAUUUACUGUUUGGGUCACCAAGAAUAAAUAAAUAAAUAAUGCAACUUUGUCAAUGGCCUUUAGGCACAUCAAAACACUGAAUAAUGAUGUGGUUAUCUUCAAAACAUAAGAACACUAAUACUGGAGUAUAUUAAUUAAGCUUAAAAAGAAAUGUUUUCUUCUUCUUCGUGUAAAUAUAUAGGCGACAGAUGUAAAUUUGUUAUUAUUCAUCUUCUCUUACAGUCACAAACGUGAUGCCUUUUGUGUCGUCAAAAAUGACCUUAAGCCAACGAGACGGCAAUCAUGUCCCUAUUUUCAAUUGUAGGGACGUGGAGACCUCUGAAUUGUUUUCAUAAACAUGUUGUGUAGACAAACCAGGUCAUCUGUUUCAUAUUAUGGAUAUUAAUUGACAUGCAAAUUUGAAUGUUUCCCCUAAUGCAAGGGUGAGUGGUUUCUGGCAACAGCUUUUGUGUGUCACAAACAAAGCAAAAUAAUGCAGCUAUGCUUGUCGAACAUAAAUACAUGUAUUUCAUAUCCACACAUGUUGGUUUAUGUCUGUAAAUUAAAACCAAACGAUUUUAUUCUUUAUUUUGUAGCUUCUUUUUUUUUACUGUCAUCACCUGGUGACACUUGUCACCAGGUGAUGACAGUAAAGUAACAACAUAGUUAUGGUUAGUAAUAUAUAUUACUAUGGUAAUUACUAUCUUAUGCCUAAUGCCAUUUUCAACUUAAUUAUAACAACAGUAAUAUUGUUGUAAUAAGGAGAAUAUAUAAGUAAAUUUCAAGUAAUGUCUUGGUAUUACUGUUUCACAGUAAAAUGCUUGGGAAUCAGAAUUAGUAUUUGGCAUAUUAUCAUAAUAUCAUACAAAAAUGUAUUCUCUCUUCCAUGCUGCACCCUUUUCUAUUUGUUUUUACCAAGCUUUUAUUUGGUGAGUAGUACAGAAAUAAGAUCAUAAUAUUAUCUCCCUAUUAUUACACUAUUACCAUUGUUACUGUACUGUAAUGUUGAGUGUUACCCAUCACCUAUGAAUGACAGCCUGAACUUAUGUGUCUGAGAGGAAAAACUGUAAAGACUUUUGUUGAUUUGUUUGUGGUCACAAACAAAUCUGCUCAUCUGGACAUUUGUCCAGUGCAAACAACAAUUAUGAAUUCCAUAAUCCAGUACAACAGCUAUGAAGCUUGAAAGCUUAAAAUGGCCAGUUUAGGUGUUUAAAUGAGUUAUGAAUUAAAAUGCUGUAUGUAAUUAUUAUGGGGGUUGUGUUAAGUGAUGGUGCUGCAAUGAACUGCAUUACACUGAAAAAUAUUUUUCCUUUUAUGUCUGGGGCAGAUACGUUAUUCGAGACAACUGUAAGGUUCAGUCCAUCACCAAGGCAAAU